CAGGGGGAAUAAAAGGUCAGCAUGAGUGUGUGGACCACUGCAAUUACGGAAAGCGAUGAAGUUUGUUGUUUACGCCUACAGCAGGGUGAAGAUGGCCGCUGGAGACAACAGCGGCAGGCUUCCUUGCCUUAGUUUCUCCGGCCCGGGCCCUUUGGGGAAUAGCCAGCCCAGCAACAGCGUUUUCUCAAUGCCAGCAUCCAACGGGGGAGCGGUCGGUGCAGCCGGGGGAGUACAAGGAACUGCGAGGCGACCCAACCCGCAGCUGGGGCCUGGCGGGGCAGACGGCAGCGGCGUUUCGAGCGGAGCUCCGCUGACUGCGCAGAACCCUCUGCAGCCGCCCGCUGCGGCAGGUGCUGCUUCUGCGGCAGCGGGAGCCAUGGCCUCCCCCGCGUCCAAUAUGGUAAGCAGCGCAGCUUCGAAUGCCUCCCCGGCAACCGCACCGAGCGCUACCCCAGCUGCAGCGUCCGUGCUAGUGUACAGAGAGCCGGUGUACAACUGGCAGGCGACAAAGAGCACCGUCAAGGAGAGGUUUGCAUUUCUCUUCAACAACGAGGUGCUGAGUGACGUUCAUUUCUUGGUUGGCAAAGGUAUGGGUGUUCAGAGAAUACCAGCUCACAGGUUUGUCCUGGCAGUGGGCAGCGCAGUGUUUGAUGCUAUGUUCAACGGUGGCAUGGCGACCACUUCCACGGAAAUUGAACUUCCUGAUGUGGAACCCGCUGCUUUUUUGGCCCUGCUAAAGUUCCUGUAUUCUGAUGAAGUCCAGAUCGGGCCUGAGACUGUGAUGACUACACUGUAUACAGCCAAAAAGUAUGCGGUUCCUGCCCUGGAGGCUCACUGUGUGGAGUUCUUGAAGAAAAACCUCAGAGCAGACAACGCUUUCAUGCUCCUUACACAGGCUCGUUUGUUUGAUGAGCCGCAGCUUGCCAGCCUGUGUUUGGAGAACAUUGACAAGAACACCGGAGAUGCUCUUGCUGCUGAGGGGUUCACAGACAUAGAUCUGGAUACUUUGGUGGCGGUGUUGGAGAGGGACACUUUAGGAGUAAGAGAGGUGCGUUUGUUUGGCGCUGCCGUUCGCUGGGCUGAGGCGGAGGCUCGCAGGCAGCAGCUGCAGCCCACUCCCGAGAACAUGCGCAAAGUCCUGGGAAAAUCUCUCACGCUCAUCCGCUUCCCUCUCAUGACCAUAGAGGAGUUUGCAGCAGGUCCUGCCCAGUCUAAUAUUCUAACCGACAGAGAGGUGGUGAGUCUCUUCCUCCACUUUACAGUGAACCCAAAGCCUCGUGUCGAUUUCAUCGACCGUCCUCGCUGCUGCCUCCGUGGGAAGGAGUGCAGCAUCACCCGUUUUGGCCAGGUGGAGAGCCGCUGGGGCUACAGCGGGACAAGCGACCGCAUAAGGUUUUCUGUUAACAGAAGGAUUUUUGUGGUUGGAUUUGGACUUUAUGGCUCCAUACACGGACCUACAGACUACCAAGUCAAUAUACAGAUAAUCCACACAGACAGCAACACGGUGCUGGGGCAGAAUGACACAGGCUUCAGCUGUGACGGGUCAGCAAACACCUUCAGAGUCAUGUUCAAGGAACCAGUCGAGAUUCUACCCAACGUCAACUACACUGCCUGUGCCACACUGAAGGGUCCAGACUCUCAUUACGGGACCAAGGGAAUGCGAAAGGUAACACAUGAGUCAUCCUCCACCGGCACAAAGACCUGUUUCACCUUCUGCUACGCGGCGGGCAACAACAACGGCACGUCGGUAGAAGACGGACAGAUCCCAGAGGUCAUCUUCUACACAUAGUCACCUCAGACGUCCCAGCGAUCUUCCAUCAAAUGUGACAACCCGACACCAGCGCAAGGCCACACCUCAGCAGCCAUACUGGGGACUAAUCUGUCAGACUUCAGUCUGUUCCCUCCUCACAGGGCGACUGCUAGCUGCACGGGAGGACAAAUGGCUGGUAGACGGUGUGGGUUGUUAUGCGAGACGAAGUCAGUCGUUUGACGUGCUGCCACCUCCCUUAGUGCUCUAGAUUUAUAAACCAGCUCCGAGAAGGAUUGAGAGAUGUUAGGGAGGGGGUCUCUCAGAUUAUUCACAGUAUCUUUGUCACUGCUUCGGGUUGACAGCAUAAAGCUUGACACUGAAUUUUUCUUAAGCUGUAGGAUUCUCCUGCUCCACCGCUUUAGCGCAAAGGAGACUGAACUGUAUGAAUGUACAGUUUAUCAAAUUUGCCAAGAUAAAGUCCUUGUAGCGUUUUGUACAGAGUCGACUCUGCAUCAACUGUAACUUCCACACACUGAUGGACCUCAUAGGCUUUCAUGAAAACUUGUCAAAUUUGAACCAAACUUCAUAAUAAUGUCAAGAGUAUGACUAAGGUGAGCGUUUUUCUGUUUUUUACUUAACAGUACAAUCUGUGAUAUCUUGUGUCUUUGCUUGGUAGUUGCCUAUACCCGGUAUACAUUGCACUUCUUGGCCUUGCCUUCGUUUAUUUUGUUGCUCUAUGGAUGCACACUAACUCUUCAGAUUUUUUUAAGCUUUACUUUAAAAGUUGUGGGUGGAAGAGAUUUUUUCUUUCUCUUGGUGCUGAAGUUGAUGGGUUGUAUAUUAAAGUGGCAUUUAUUAACAUUAUAUAUGUAACUUGAAAUAAAUGGCAAUUAAAUGAGGAAAAAAAAAA